GUUGGAAGGGAUGGGAGGCAGCAAGUCUUGUUCCUCAGAAAAUAAUUGAAGAAAAAUUAUGAAGUUCCAGAAGACAGUACUUCAGAGAAGAAAGUUAUUAAGGAAAGGCAAGAAAUGUUGAAGAAGCAAAAUCAUCUGUAUAUUACACAUCCUGUGACCCAAAGAAGCAAAAAAGUACACAGAGUAGGUUCAACCACCUUUAUGAUUGGAAGGACACCCAAAGAAAUACGCAGGAGACAGUUUGAGGAAAUGGUAUCUCACUUUAAUAUGGGAUCAGUGAAGGACCUUGCAGAACAUAUUGCAAAAGCUACAUCAGAAACCAGGCAGAAGCUAUUGAAGGAAUUCUAUGUUUCCAAGCAUCCAGAAAUGGAGUCUUUCUUCUCACUUGAAAUACCAGCAGAAGCUUCACAUAACUGUGAGGAAAGAGAACUGGGUACAAUACGCUCCAGAAAAAGAAAAUACAUUGUUAAUUUCAGAAGAUCUGAGUCUAGACCUUCAUCAGCUAAAGGCCUACUUUUGAGUGGAACUACAGAAACACAGACCCAGGAGAGCCAUAAAGGAAAAACAGAACAGCUUCACAAGGACUCCUACUUGCAAGAUAUGUUUGUUGAUGCAAAAUAUAAACAAUCAUCCACUGUUGCUACUCAACAUAUCCAAAGAAGAAACAGUCAAGCAUUCAAGGAUUUUAUGGCAUCUGGCUCAUUAAGCAGUAAAUCAGAAAUAAUUGAGGUGCUGCCUACAAAAAGUUGUGGAGGACAGCAAGACUCAGAAGAAACACAGCUGCCAAAGGAAAGAUCCGUGUCUCAGUCAGAAAAUGGAGAUAGAAAAGCUCAGAUUUGCAAGAAAAAUUCUUUUGUGGACUUACUUGGAGAUACGUCUAUUCUUGAUGAAAUCUUCAGAAAUGAUGGAAAUGGGUCUACAGGAUCACCAAGGAUAUUCUCUUCAAGACAAGCAGAAAAAUCAAAGGGGAGACCAAAAGAUUUCUGGGAUAUGCUGAAUGAGCAGAAUGAGGACAGCCUCAGAAAGCUGACAGAUAUAGCAGUCAUAGAGAAGCUUUGUGAAAGAGCUCCUCAUUCCUCAGUGACAGAAGAUAGAGACGUGUGUGAAAGUUCUCUCUGGAAAAGAAAUGAAACUUUUUUGUGGAAAAAAUACAGUGCAGAUGAUUGAGAUGAACCAUCCACUACUAAAUCUUGUAAUGUAGUAAAAUGAAAGUUUUCUAUGUAAGUUGCACUAUAACUAUUUUAUUUGAACUUUGACAGCAUUAUGCCACAAAAUGUGGUAAUUCCAUAAAAUUAAAGGUAAAAUGAUAAAUUCAUAUUUAUAGUGAUACAGAAUUACAUUUUACAAGUAAUUAUUUACUUGUAAUUAUUUGCAAGUAAAUAUGUAUGUAUUUACAUAUGCAGUGUGUAGUACAUAUAUGCACAGUCAUGCAUAUGUACUGUAUAUUGUAACCUAUGAUAUAUCAUGAUUUUAUAUUAAAAUUUUUAGCAUUUUCUGAGUGCGCUCUACUUUCUUUAAUUCUGAUUAGUGCUUCUCUUGAGCUUAGGAAUUUUUUUUCCUUUAAUUAAAUGUGGACAUCAGCAGUCAUCUCAACACAAUUUAGAAAUAACAGGAUUUGAUACUGCAUAUAUUUUCUGAGGUGCUAGAGACUGGAGGACUUCCUGAGACAGGGAUGAUGUCUUUGUGCCUAGUAGCUUUUGAUGAAUUCCCAUCCUCCAUGAUUUUGCUUCGUCUCUGAAGCUGUGGACCUUUAAAAUCUUCAUAGUAUCCUAUAAAAGUGAGUUUCUCAGCUUGGUUAAUAUGAAGAACCACCAAGUUUUUUUAUUUGAUCUUUCUCAAAUUAGAAAACAUUAAAUUAUGUUAGGUAUCAAAUUUCAUCUCAUUACACUUUCAUCUCCCUUUUUUUAUAGACUUCUGUUAUGUCUUUGUCAGGGAAUAUGCAGCACAGUGUAUGUGUUGGAAAUAAGCAGUACAUUGCAUAUGUGAUAAGGAAUUUGAACAUCUUGACAGGUUAUUAUCUUACAUGUGGAAUACUGGAUGUAGUAAAAAUUCCAUAUGAAAACUAUUCUUCACAGAUUGGAAGAGUGUAAGAUACUCAGUGUCAUACCUCAUUUGCCAAGUAGUCUGUCACAUUUUUCAGUGCUACGGGCCCAUGUAAAGAGUACCUUGUAAGACAUAAUGAGAAGAGACCAGGGCUUCAUGUUGCUCUGGAAACCUUAACCCUGAUUUUUGAUUUUUGUAAGCAUUAGUAUACGGGUUUACAUUGAAUGUACUGUAUAAAUUGUUUUAUGUAAAGGUUAAAUGUUACAAAAUUUUAAAACCCUAGACACUGAACCUGCACAGCAGUAGUCUGUGAAUGGUGGUGGUUUUUGUAGUCUGGAAGAUUGCCCACUGGAAAAUAAGCUUAAAUUUGAUCUGGAGCAGCUUCUACUUUAGGUCAUGGGAAGCUGUUGUGGACUGCACUCUGUCUCUGUGGUAACCAUUGUGCACAUAUUAUAAGUGGAAACCAUCUAAAAUACUGAUUGUGAAAUCUGACUUAACUACCUUAAAUAAGGAGCUGAGUAUUUAACAUAAAUGUUAAGUAAUGAAAUCUUUGGGUUUUACAGCUAGCUAACAUAAAUAAGAGUAAUGUCUUCCCUAACUUUUUCUUACUCUGAAUACAUGCUGUUGCCACUUUACCAAAUUGUAUAAUGGCCAGUUGGAACAGCUUUUCAAGAAGUAGUAUGAACUAAGAAGGUAAAAGAAGAAGCUGUAAGCUCUUACUCAUUGGUACACUGGAAUUAUGUACAGCUAAAGGAAGUCAGCCUAAGUUAGGUAAUAUCUACACCCUCAGUGAUGUUAAUAAAUACGAGA